AUGACGGCCUCAGAUGUCGAGGAUGGGCACUCUCAUUCGGCCUCUCCUGAGGACAGUGGGACCGAAAACGUCCAAGUGAACAUGGCCGAAGGUCAGAGCAAGAACGACGUUAAGAAGCAGCAAAACGGAGCCACAUCAACCAAUCCCAAAGACCCUUCUCGUCCCCGGAGAAAGAAGGCACGUAGGGCAUGUUACGCUUGCCAACGUGCCCAUUUGACUUGUGGAGAUGAGAGACCAUGUCAAAGGUGCGUAAAACGAGGACUCCAGGAUGCGUGUCAGGACGGUGUCAGGAAGAAGGCCAAGUAUCUGCAUGAUGCGCCCAACGAGGCCCUCAUGCCUGGCGUGGGAGGGAAUCUCUACAACCAGACCGGACCGAAAACGAGUUCGACUGCGAGCAACGAGACGCCGCAUCAACAGCCAUUCUUCCAACAGGCGCCAACGUACAACAACUUUUCCACGCCCUCGCAUAUGCCCCCCCCAAUGCUCCACGAGAGAAGUCUGAGCACGACGAGCUUCCCUCAGCAAUCACCGCUGGCCACCAAUUUCCAAAGCGUUGGAGGGCAAGUUCCAAUGCAAAGCCCUGUCCUGGGUGCUGACCAGUCAAAUAACAACAACAUAACGGCCGCAGGCUGGCCAGGACAGAUGUAUAGCGAAGACCCCAUGUUCAACUUUGACAUUGCCAGCAUGAACUUUGGCAAUCACUACGGUGCUUUAGAGUUCGGUAUGCUGGGCCAUAUGGCGACAAAUGCGGGAGACACUCCUCCCAGUGAUACGGCGACACGAAGCGGCUCAAUCUCGCAACAGCAGUAUCGUAUGCCCUUUGGAAGCUUCAGUGAGAGCCCGACGGCCCGACAACAGAUCUACGGCGAAACGAUGUUGCCAGAUUGGCCCAACGGAACCGAUCCCUAUGGCGCCCACGGACACAAUCGCCAUAUGGCUCCCAACGCCUUUGCUAUAGAAUCGAACGCGGUGAACUGGACCUCCCCCGACACGAAUGGCACGCCCAAUAACGCUGUCAAAUUUGAAGAGUCGCCAUUGAUGACCAGCUCAGGCCUCCAGGUGCCCCCUUCAGCCUUGGAUGGCGGUCCGGUCAUUCAUUCAACCGGAACCCUGGACGCUCGAAACAACCGAGCCCCUCCUCCUAUAUCGACUCCGCAAUUGAAGGCCAAAUCGCAGCUGCCUGUCAAGGCUCUGAAGCGGCCCAAGGAUCCGUCGUCGAUCUAUACUUCAGUUACCCAACCUUACCCUUAUACAACAGGGUUCCACAGCUCAAUUGCGUACCUCCAAAAACGAUUUGCCGCACAUCCUUCCAAGACCCUUGCCAUAGCCAAGUCGUUGGCGUCGAUCCGACCCUCGUUCAUUGCCACAACCAAGACCUUAAACCGGGAAGACCUGAUUUUCAUGGAGAAGUGUUUCCAGAGGACCUUGUGGGAAUAUGAAGGUUUUAUUGAAGGGGUCGGCACACCAACAAUUGUAGCGAGGAGGACUGGAGAAGUUGCUGCUGUGGGCAAGGAAUUCCAAAUCCUCACGGGAUGGACAAAGAAUGUGCUCCUUGGUCGGGCCCCAAAUCUAAAUGUGAAUCGCGGUCAUUCUGGGCAAACACCUGGCACAGGUUCUGGAACCAACACUGCACGACAGACAGGCACCAACACUCCUACGCAACGAAUGUUUGCUGACACCGAGAACGGCGAGAAGCGACCCCAACCGGUGUUCCUUGCCGAGCUCCUUGACGAUGAGUCGGUGGUACAAUUCUACGAGGAUUUUGCGAGGUUGGCAUUUGGAGACAGCCGAGGCAGUGUUUGCGGCAGAGCCAAACUCCUCAAGUACCGGACCAAAGACGAUGAACUCGCCCAGAAUCUCAAUGUCGAGGCCGAGGCGCGCACCGAAGAAGGGCGCCAGGGGCAACUGGAGCUGCGACGGCAAGACAGCUCUCGCCGUCUGCAAGAUAUGAAGCGGGAACGCGACGGUAUCUCUGGCGAAAAAGGUAUGCAGAAGCUGGGAUCUGCUGAUGGGAAAGUGGAUUGCACAUAUUGCUGGACGGUGAAACGCGACGUUUUCGAUAUACCCAUGCUUAUUGUUAUGAAUGAGGCCUAA